AUGGUCGACUUUUUUAAACGACGUGUUCAAACUCAUCGUGAUUCUUAUGAACAAUUUGCUUAUGAAACUGAAGAAAAUCAUAAGAGUAAAUUAGAUCUUGUACGUUUAAGUGCGGUCGUAUGUGGUAUUGAAUUUUGUUAUGCUGCUGAAACGGCAUUUGUAUCGCCGAUACUUCUUCAAUUAGGUUUACCUGUCAUAUUUAUGACAUGGAUAUGGUGUUUACCACCAUUAAUUGGAUUUUUUCUUGUACCUAUACUUGGUUCAUUGAGUGAUAAAUGUAAUACACGUAUUGGACGACGACGUCCAUUUAUUAUCAUUUAUUCAAUUGGCAUUUUAAUUGGUCUUUUAUUAGUUGCAAAUGGUCGUACAAUUGGACAAUGGUUUGGUGAUUUAAAUUAUACAUCUAUAAAUCAAACAUCUUUACCAUUUUUAACACAUAAAGUUGGUACAAUAAUAACUAUACUUGGUGUUAUUUUACUUGAUCUUGAUUGUGAUGCAUGUCAAAGUCCAAGUCGAGCUUAUUUACUUGAUGUUACAAAUCCCGAACAACAAUCAUUAGGUCUUACAACAUUUACAGCAAUGGCUGGUCUUGGUGGUAGUUUAGGUUAUUUUCUUGGAGGUAUUCCAUGGGAAAAAACAGCUCUAACUCGAAUACUUGGUGAUCAUAUUCAUGUUCUUUUUACCAUUGUUUGGAUGAUUUAUAUAAUUUGUUUGAUGUUAACUGUAACAGCAGCUAAAGAACCAACUAAUAUUGCAAUAAUGGCACCAUAUCUUAAUCGAUCAACUUCACGUCAAUUUCUUGUUUCAACUUAUUCAAUAAAUAAUUUCGAUGAAGAUAUUCAACAACAUGAUGAACAUACAUUAACAACAUCGAAUAAUAUAAAAAUAUCAUAUAUGGAUUAUCUUCGAUCAAUUAUAUAUAUGCCUUCAUCAUUAAAAUGGCUUUGCUUAACAAAUUUUUUUUGUUGGAUGGCAAUUGUAUCUUAUUCAUUAUAUUUUACAGAUUUUGUUGGACAAGCUGUUUUUGGUGGAAAUCCAAAACUUGGUUAUGAACAUCCAUUAAGAAUAUUAUAUAAUGAUGGAGUACGAUUUGGUUCAUGGGGAAUGGCAAUUUACUCAAUAUCAUGUUCAAUUUAUUCAUUUAAUAUGCAAAGACUUAAUAAUUAUUUUGGUAUUAAACGUGUUUAUAUCGGUUCACAAUUAAUAUAUGCUAUUGGAAUGUUAUUAAUGGGAUAUUUACGACAUCGUUUUGCUGUUAUUAUUCUUUCAGCUACAGCUGGAAUUCUUUAUUCAACAUUAUUUACAAUUCCAUUUUUACUUAUUUCAAAAUAUUAUGCAUCUAAUACAUAUGGACAAACAAAUACGAAUGGACAAAUUCGUGGUAUUGGAACAGAUGUAGCUAUUGUAAGUAGUAUGGUAUUUUUGGCUCAAUUUUGUUUAUCAUCAACAAUGGGAACAUUUAUUCAUCUUGCUAAUUCAACAGUUAUGGUAACUAUUGUAGCAAGUAUUCUUAGUGUUUGUGGAGCUAUCUCAGCUACACAAGCAUUGAAAUAUUUAAAUAAUUAUCUCUAUGAUUGUUAUUUAUCUGAUAAUUAUUUAAAAAUGAGUGAUUUACAUCACAAGCAAGGAGAUUCGGAUAUUGCUAUUGCAUAA